AUGACGAGACCUCAAAUGAUCAGAGCUGAUACCUUGGACCUUCAAAGCCACGACGCGCCCUCCGCCAAAGAUCAUUCUAGACAACCUGAAUCUCCAGAACCUCUUGGGGGCGGCCGGCCUGCUCCCCAUCAAGAGCUUUCGAUUCGCAAUGCUGAACAAGAUUCGCAUGCGGAGAUAAGGAGUGGACCGGACAAGAACCAUGCCUACCGCGGUGACAAACGGGUAUAUCGGGAACCAGAUGACGAGGAAGAUGACGGCGAUGACAAUCACUACGACCAUGAGGACAGCGAUUUGGCCGAUGGUGAAAGUGACGACCUGAUGGACGACGAUAUGGACAAGUUGUCUAGUUCGCCUUCCAUCGACGACGAGGAUAUUGAUUUCGAGUUCGUCUACGCGCUUCACAACUUCGUCGCAACGGUUGAUGGACAAGCAAAUGCCGCCAAGGGUGAUACCAUGGUUCUUCUCGACGAUAGCAACAGCUACUGGUGGCUUGUGCGCGUGGUCAAGGAUGGAAGCAUUGGUUAUCUUCCUGCCGAACACAUCGAAACGCCGACCGAAAGACUCGCACGAUUGAACAAGCACAGGAAUGUGGAUCUGUCUGCGACCAUGUUGGGCGACAACAAUGAGAAGUCGAAGAAUCCCUUGAAAAAGGCCAUGCGCCGUCGAAAUGCGAAAACUGUUAACUUUGGACCUCCAACGUACAUCGAAGCCUCCGACGUCGAGUAUUCCACGGACGAUGACUCCGAGCACGGUGACUUCUUCAAUGACGACGAGACCCUGGAUGGAGAAGAAGAAGACGUGCAAGAGCAAGCUGAAGAUAUUGUCGUGGAACCUUUGAGAACCAAGGCUCAGAAAGAGCCCUCUGCAGAGCAGGUCGAUGUCAACGGUGCUGAGAAACAGGACUCACAACGUACCAGCUCCGAACGACGGCCGUCAAGCGAGGAAUUCUUUGAGGCCGAAGGUAAAUCAAUCACAACCAACUUCUCUUCAGUCGGAUCUGAAACUCAUGCGCACGAAACAGAACCCACUGUCAGUAGAUCCAGAAAUGGCACUGUACGAAACACCGAUUCCUUCUUCAAAGACGAUACUGCCGAGCCCAAGAAGAUUUCGCUCACUCCCAAUCUUCUACGCGAUAUCCGCGAAGGUGAAAGCAGCAACACUUUGGCUGAGUGGAAAGAGCCUCGCCUCAGUUCAGAAUCUAUCGAGAAAGGUUCCGGCUCGCAGGAUAAAGUGAAAGAAAAAGAUGAGAAGAAACGGAAGGAUAAGAAGCCUGGCAUGCUCAGCGGGUUGUUCAAGCGCAAGAAGAGCAAAGAUGACUUUGACGACCCAGAGAGGUCUCCCGCAGAAUCAGCACUCCGCACAUCACCCCAACCCAAGACAUCGAUGGAAUCCAUCUCAUCGAAAUCCAUGUCACCCGAACAACAACGGCCCUCGAAGCCCCAGAAACAGUCGGUCAAUAAACUACAAAAGCAGCCCCCUGGAAUCAUGAAGGUCGACCCUGUCCUCGACCCUGCAAUGGCCGAGUUCCACAGAGAAAAUGACGCUAUCAACCAGAGGCAAGCUGAGAGGAGCCUCCGACAGGUGCCCAUUCAAGAACAGGAAGAAAGUGGCUACGAAGACUGCGAGAUUGUGUUGCAAUCGCCUAUCAGCCAGCCAAGUCCCUCAACGGAUCCUUUUGCUACUCCGCUCGAGUCCAUGGACCCCUUGGCAUCACCUGUUGAUCGACCAUCCAGUGAAGCACGAUGGAGAGAACCUAAUAAUGCGGACCGACCGACGGCUGGAUCUGUGUCUGUUACAUCUCCACCCCAGAGGUUUGUUCCUACUAUGGCGGCUGGGAAUGAACCCGAGUCCCCUGUCAAUAUUUCUCCUGUCGAAGGCUAUACUUCUACAGGUACAGGUGGCUUGACGAAUGAUGUGCGCUCUCUCUCACCACCAUCCCCGCCAUCAUCAUCUGGAAAUGACGCAAGUUAUCCCAAGGGUGACACAGCGGCUCCUGGAUCUCUAGACACUCUUUCCGUUGACACCCCCACGUGGAGUGAUUCCAGUCUACGAUCGUACUUGGACGAAGAAAACGACAUUCGGGAUUUGUUCAUCAUUGUCCAUGACAAGUCGAAUGUACCCCCUGCUGGUCCUGAUCAUCCGGUCACCGGUCGUUUGUUCAAAGAAGAAAGCAAGAGACUCAAGGAGAUGAACAAUCAGCUUGAUGACUUGCUUGUAAACUGGAUGGCACAGCGGGCUAAGCGCUCUAGCACAGUGUGUGGAUAG